CUCUCCAUGUACGACAACUUGUACCUGCAUGGGUUUGAAGACUCGGAGGCGGGCUCAGCAGAUUCGUACACGAGCAGACCGUCAGACUCUGAUGUCUCUUUGGAAGAGGACAGGGAAGCAAUCCGCCAGGAGAGGGAGCAGCAAGCGGCCAUCCAGCUGGAGAGGGCCAAGUCCAAACCUGUGGCAUUUGCUGUCAAGACCAACGUGAGUUACUGUGGGGCUCUGGAUGAAGAUGUUCCUGUCCCCAGCACUGCCAUCUCCUUUGAUGCCAAGGACUUCCUCCACAUUAAAGAGAAAUACAACAACGACUGGUGGAUAGGGAGGCUGGUGAAGGAGGGCUGCGAGAUCGGCUUCAUCCCGAGCCCGCUGCGCCUCGAGAACAUCCGCAUCCAGCAGGAGCAGAAGAGGGGCCGCUUCCACGGAGGGAAAUCCAGUGGGAAUUCUUCUUCAAGCCUUGGAGAGAUGGUUUCUGGCACAUUCCGAGCCACACCUACAGCCGCAGCAAAACAGAAACAAAAAGUGACAGAACACAUUCCCCCCUAUGAUGUAGUGCCAUCAAUGAGACCUGUGGUGUUGGUGGGCCCAUCACUCAAAGGCUAUGAGGUGACAGACAUGAUGCAGAAAGCUCUCUUUGACUUCCUGAAGCACAGGUUUGAUGGGAGGAUAUCCAUAACCAGAGUGACAGCUGACAUCUCCCUGGCCAAGAGGUCUGUGCUCAACAACCCCAGCAAGAGGGCGAUCAUCGAGCGCUCCAACACCAGGUCCAGCCUAGCUGAAGUGCAGAGUGAGAUUGAAAGAAUCUUUGAGCUGGCCAGGUCCUUACAGCUGGUUGUCCUGGAUGCAGACACUAUAAAUCACCCUGCACAGCUUAUCAAGACAUCUCUAGCACCAAUUAUUGUCCAUGUGAAGGUGUCCUCUCCAAAGGUUUUGCAACGACUGAUCAAGUCCAGAGGGAAGUCCCAAAGCAAACACUUGAAUGUCCAGUUGGUGGCAGCUGAUAAACUUGCACAAUGCCCACCAGACAUGUUUGACGUGAUCCUGGACGAGAACCAGCUGGAGGACGCCUGCGAGCACCUGGCCGAGUACCUGGAGGCGUACUGGAGAGCCACGCACACGUCCAGUGCCACGCCCAUGACCCCCCUGCUGGGCAGGAACCUGGCCCCCUCCGCCCUGUCCCCGUACCCCGCCGCCAUCUCCGGCCUGCAGAGCCAGCGCGGGAGGCACGGCGCCCACUCCGCCGAGAAUUCCCCCGUGGAGCGGCGCGGCCUCGUGAGUUCCGACGAGAAUUAUCACAACGAGAGGGCUCGAAAGAGCAGGAACCGCUUGUCUUCCAGUUCCCAGCACAGCCGAGAGCACUAUCCCCUGGUGGAGGAGGAAUUCCCCGAGCCCUACCAGGACUCGUACAAACCCCACCGCAGCCGCGGCUCCCCCGGCGCCUACAGCCACGACUCGCGGCACCGGCUCUGAGCGCGGGGACUGGGCAAAAAAUACAAAAAAAACAAAAAAUCCAACAAAAAAAAAACCAACAGCACCCGUCAUUGAUACCUUGCCAUAACGUAGCUAGAAAUAACAAUUAGAUCAUGUUAAUUUGGCAGGUGUGACCGUGACACUGCACUCACACCUUGCUGUCAUUGAUGUUUAAUUAGGGGGCAGCAAAACCCAGCCCGGCCCUUCCGUUUCUGCCCGAUUCAUAGAGGUUGUUUUUGGGAUUAUUUUUGGGUUUAAUACAGCAUUUGCAUUUAUAGCCAUAUUUUUUUCUUGUCCUUAGGUAUUAGAACACAUCCGUUUGUAAUUUUGGGUACUUAUCGAGGCACUUAUAAAAUAAUUUCCUGUGCUGGAAAUUCCAAAUGACCAGUUCCAGUUGGAACCAAUUUAUAAACCAAUUCCUGUUGGAAUUUGGGUGAAUUGACUGGAAAGUCGACGUGAGCAUGUUGGGAAAAAAAAAAAAAAAAAACAAAUACAAAGAAAAAUCUGAAAAUUACAAACCACUGAAAGUCAGAAAGUCAGCUCCAGUAUUUGUUUGCUGGGAGCUCAAUUUCCAUUUCAGGUUAGAAUAAACGGAUUUAUUCUAACGAUUUCUUUCCAGAAUGACUUUUUCAGACAAACCAAAUGUAAACUCUCGAGAGUGCCAAAUAUCCCAAAUUAUUGCAGCAGUUACAAAACACUUUCCAGUUUGAAAUUAUUUUUAGACCUGGCAUGAAUGUUGCAGCCAAAUGAUUCUUGAGUUCAGCCAGUCCUGACAGUUUGUCAGGACCAGCAGGGAGGAACUGCGACAGGAGACAGGAAAUAGGGACAGGAAAAGGAACAAACUCCAUCGUUUGUGUGCUUGGAAUAGUUGGGUUUUUUCCCAUUCUUUUACCUGAAUAGCAGCUAGAAGUCCCAAAAUGGAAAAGGA